UUGUGUGUGUGUGUGUGUGCGCGCGCGCGCUGUACGAAAGCAGCCUGUAUGCACGCGCGCCUACUUCUGCCUCGUUGACACACGGGCGUUCUAUUUUAAACCGCAACACUGACAAAACCGUUGCUAUUUAGCAAAAAUUUAAUUCAGCAAACAGUAACUCCGAGUCCACGUUGAAUUCACACGGACUAUUUAGUUAUAGCUGCAUGAGGGAAAACCGAGUGAUGGCAAUGUUUCUGACCAAGGAGAUAAUCUUGAUGUUUCUUUUCCUGGGCAGUGCAGCCUCUCUACAAGUGAGCAUUAUGCCUGCACAAGGAGAAGUAAGCGUCGGAGAGUCCAAGUUUUUCUUGUGUGAAGUUGUCGGUGCAGUGAAGGGAAUCGACUGGUUCUCACCGAGCGGCGAGAAGAUUGAAUCCAGUAGGCAGGACAUCACAGUGAUCCGCAAUGACGAGACAUCCUCUACGCUCACUAUCUACAAUGCUAUCAUUGACAAUGCCGGCACGUACAAGUGUGUAGCCACCAGCGGAGACCAGCAGGCUGAGGCCACAGUGAACGUGAAAAUAUACCAAAAGAUUACCUUCAAAAAUGUUACAUCACCCCAGGAGUUUACUGAGGGGGAUGACGCCAUCAUCGUAUGUGAUGUGAUUAGCUCCCCACCACCCACUAUCAUGUGGAAACACAAAAGGGCAAAAAUCCAGUUUGACAAAGAUGUUCGGUUCAAGAAUUUGGACAAUAACCACCUGCAGAUCAGAGGGAUCAGAAAGGCAGAUGAAGGAGUGUACACCUGUGAGGCCCGCAUUAUGGCUCGAGGAGAGAUUGAUUUCCGUGAUAUCAGAGUUGUAGUAAACGUUGUUCCCACUAUCAGAGUGCGACAAGCCGAGGUGAACGCCACCGCAGACAUAAGCCACUCUGCCAUGCUGGCCUGUGAUGCAGACGGCUUCCCUGAACCUACAAUCACAUGGAUGCGCUCUCUCCGGCGUGAGGUUCUUCUGGAGAGCGGGAUUAAGUACAGCUUCAAUGAAGACGGCUCAGAGAUCACAAUAAUGGAUGUGAAGAAGCUAGAUGAAGGAGAUUACACCUGCAUUGCCAGAAACAAAGCUGGGAUGAGUGAAGAAGAAGUCGGCCUCAGAGUUUUUGUGAAACCCAAAAUCACAUACUUGGAAAACCAGACCACUACAGAGAUGGAGGAGCAGAUCAGGUUGACGUGCGAAGCCACAGGAGACCCGACACCCAGUAUCACGUGGAGCUUUGGUACGCACGUAUUUGCAGAGGGAGAACAGGAGCAUCUAAAGAGGAUUUAUCAGGCAUCUUGGACUCGACCAGAACAACACAAGAGUGAAGACGGGAGUGUGGUGGUGCGCAGUGACGCCCGUGUCUCUUCUCUGACACUAAAGUACGUACAGUACACCGACGCUGGACAGUAUCUCUGCACGGCUAGCAACGCUGUAGGCCAGAGCUCCCAGUCCACGUUCCUUGAAGUGCGCUACGCACCAAAGAUCCUGGGCUCAGUGGCAGUCUACACGUGGGAGGGGAAUCCUGCCAACAUCAGCUGCGAGAUCCUGGCUCACCCCAGUGAUGUGUCUAUCAUGUGGCUGCGAGAUGGACUCCAGCUACCCAACGCCAACUCCACCAACGUCAAAAUCUAUACAACCCCCACUGCCAGCUACCUGCAGGUUAACCCGGACUCCCAGAAUGACUUUGGCAGCUAUAACUGCACCGCUUCUAAUGAGAUCGGGACCGAAUCCAAAGAGUUCAUCCUGAUUCAGGCUGAUGUUCCCUCGGCUCCGACCAUCACUCAGGUGAAUCCCUACUCAAGCACGGCUGAGGUACUGUUUGAUGAACCUGAAGCUUCUGGAGGAGUUCCUGUGCUCAAGUACCAUGCCGAGUGGAGAGUAGGGAACAAAAACAAAUGGGUCCAGCGCAUCUAUGAAGUCCGAGAGGGGCUGAGUGCGGUCACAAUCACGGGCUUAAAACCAGACACGAAGUAUGAAGUCAAGAUGUCUGCUAUCAACGGCAAGGGAGAAGGCGAGAGCAGCUCUAUAGUUGCCUUCAAGACAGAACCUGUUCGGGAGCCCAGUCCCCCUAAAUUGGAGGGAGCCAUACAGUCAAAAGGCAAUGUACUUAAAGUCAGGUGGAUCAAGCAGGAUGACGGAGGCUCGCCCAUCACACACUACCUCAUCCGGUACAAAGCUAGAGAGGACUUGGCCUGGAAAGACGAGGUCCGUGUCCCGAGCACAAGUGGACACGUCCUCCUAAGCGGCCUGGACUGGAACACUGAGUAUGACGUGACGGUGGUGGCCGAGAACCAGCAGGGCAAGUCACAACCUGGCUUGUUGAACUUUCGCACGUCCUCUGAGCCCUCCACCACUCCAGACUACGUGGAGGAUGGCCCAGGCCUAAGUACAGGGCUGAUUGUUGGGAUCCUCAUCCUGGUGUGUGUGGUCCUGUUGUUGGCCGUGGACGCCACCUGCUGCUUCGUCAACAAGUGUGGCUUGCUAAUGUGUCUCUGUGCCAAAUCCGGGACCAGUCCAAAGGGCAAGGAUGUAGAGGCAGGAAAGGCUGCAUUUGUGAAGGAUGACUCCAAAGAGCCCAUUGUAGAAACGAGGAAAAAGGAUGGGCUCACAGCUAACCAUGAUGUAGGGGGACACACCGAGCCAAAUGAGACCACGCCCCUUACUGAGCCGGAGUAAGUGUGUCCUUUUUGGUGUGAUGCACACUGUAGGGAUAUAACUGAAUCUGAAUACAUUGGGAUUAAACGGAUGAUGUGUCCUAAACAAAUAUGAAUACAGAUACUAACAAUAGGCAGAGUAUUUGUUUUUUUUGUUGUUUGUUUUUGUUUUUGUUUUUUGUUUUUGACAAAAAGCUUCAGAUUAGGAGUGUGCAACUAGAACGAACCAAAACAGUUAUGUGUGUGCAAACUAAAGAUUUUUUAUUUAAUGUAGAGGGCAGCUCACAGAAGCACAAAAUGACAUGAAAUGUAAAGACAUAGGGAAUGCGUGUUAUGCAUGCAAAUUCCUUUCCUGAAUCUUUUUGUAGGAAGCGGUAUGUAAAUAGUGGUGUGCAUUUCUAAUUUGUACUAUAUUUCUGCAAUACAUAAUCAUUAUACAUAGAACCUGGUAACCCUGCUCUUUUGGUUCUUCUACUGUCUCUUUUUUUUGUGGUGUGUGUAUAUACAAGAUUCAAUUAUACAAAGUAAGCGUGAUCGAGUCAGGUAGUAGUUACAAUAACUAUAGUAUUUAAAUUAAAAUGGCUGGGGUUCAAGCCUCAACUCAGUUGAGUGUUCUGAUUUAAUAUGCAUAUCUUUUCAGUGUAGAAAGUCGAUUCAUGUGUGCAUGUGUAAAUAUGAAUGUCCUUCUUCAAAGCACUAAAAUGGAAACUUUUGUUUAAUUGAAUCUUGUCAUUAGAAACUUGUUCAAAUUAGGUUUAGCAUAAGUUUUGAGGAGAAACGUAAUAUUUGUGUGUAAACCAUACAUAAUAUUUUUUUCUUAAAUCUAACGGACCACACAUUCCAUUUUUUCAGUGUACUAGGUGUUCAGCUACAGAAUGUUGUUCCAUGCGCCACCUGGUGGUUACUGUGUGAAGCACAUCAAAUUAAGUGAAAUUCUAAGAAGCUUGCCUGCAGUGUGCCGUGUGAUCACACAUGACGAAUCGCAUGAAACCGUGUGAAAAAACAUGCAUUCUUAAAAGCCACAUCUGUACUGUUACUUUUUCCAUGUGACCGGUCUGUUUUUUUGUUAAGCAAUAGAUCCACCUCUUGUUAAUAGCUGCUCCACCAAACUGGCAUUACAGUCAUUAUUAUAUUUAAUUUCAUCAUGCUUGAAGUGACUAGCAUCUCUCUUUCUCGCUCUCUCUCUCUCUCUCUCUCUCUCUCU